UCCACCACAGAAGCAAGAUUUCAGGAGGCCGGCUUCCAGUCAAGGCCUGCGCGGAUCGAGGCGACCCGGCCGCACGGAGCAAAAACGAGCGAACUUGAGACAUCGAUCGCGUAUUAGCGGAUGUUGGAGGGACAAUGUGAAAAGUUGCGGCGGGUGGCGGCGCUGUUGCUGGAGAGCUCGAACACAAGCGGGGAAAGAUGGCGAGGAGGCGCAUCCACACGCUCCUCGCUUCGCUUUUACUCGGACUUUUCCUCCUCCAUGUGUCGGUGAAAGGAGUGCAACAAGAGGAGCGACAGCAGGAGGAGGAGGAGGAGGAGGAAAGGUCCUGUCAGGGCGCCUUCGACCUCUACUUUGUCCUGGACAAAUCUGGAAGUGUGAAGCAUCACUGGAUCGAGAUUUAUUCUUUUGUGGAGCAGCUGGCAGAGAAAUUUAUCAGCCCCAUGUUGAGAAUGUCCUUCAUCGUCUUCUCCACGCAUGGGAAAAUCAUCAUGGAGUUAACUGAGAACAGGGAGAAAAUCACUGCAGGACUCAGAUCUCUAAAAAGUGUGAUUGCUGGUGGAGACACAUUUAUGAACCUUGGCUUGGAGAUGGCCAAUACACAGAUAUAUCAAGAGAAUCAAGGGACAGCCAGCGUUAUCAUCGCGUUGACUGACGGGGAACUGAACGAGUGGCAGUUUGACAUGGCUCAGCGUGAGGCUCAGAGGGCCAGGUCUAUGGGAGCCAUUGUUUACUGUGUAGGGGUCAAAGAGUUUAACCAGACCCAGCUUGCGACCAUUGCGGACACUAUGGAACAUGUGUUUCCUGUGUGGGGGGGCUUCCAAGCCCUCAGGGGAAUCAUUGAUUCGAUCAUCAAGAAGUCCUGCAUUGAGAUCCUUGCAGCCGAGCCGUCCAGUGUGUGCGCAGGAGAGAGCUUUCAGGUGGUGGUGAGAGGAAAUGGUUUUCUCCAUGCCAGAAACAUUGACCAGGUCCUCUGCAGCUUCAAACUGAAUGACACGCACACUGUUGAUGAGAGACCAGCCGGAAUAGAGGAUACAUUCCUUCUUUGUCCUGCUCCAGUUAUUGAAGAGACAGGGAGGGUGAUCUACCUGCAAGUGAGCAUGAAUGAGGGAAUCUCCUACAUCACCAGCUCGGUGCACAUCACGACUACUGAGUGUUUCGACGGCACCAUCGUGCUGAUUUCGCUGCUGGUGGUGUUCUUGCUGUUGGCCCUGCUGCUCGUGUGGUGGUUUUGGCCUCUCUGCUGCACUGUGGUCAUCAAAGAACCUCCCCCACCGCCUCCCCCAGAACCUGAAUCGGACGAUGAAGACGGGAUGCCCAAAAAGAGGUGGCCUACGGUUGACGCUUCUUACUACGGAGGACGAGGAGUGGGAGGCAUUAAACGCAUGGAGGUGCGCUGGGGAGAGAAGGGCUCCACUGAGGAAGGCGCCAAGUUGGACAAACCCAAAAAUGCAGUCGUCAAGAUGCCAGAGCAGGAAUUUGAGCCUUACGAGCCCAAGCCCCGCAAACCCAACCGCCGGCCCACCCAGCGGAGGAGGUGGUACACCCCCAUUCAGGGGAAGCUAGACGCUCUGUGGGCUCUCUUGAGAAGAGGCUAUGACCAAGUCUCUCUAAUGAGGCCUCAGCCUGGAGACCAGGGUCGCUGCAUACGUUUCCAAAGGGUAAAAGGAGACUCGGCCACCUACGCCCGUGCCGCCCCCCGUGAAGCCCCCCCUCCUCCCUCCUCGCCCCUUCCCACUGCUCCCCUCCCCCCCGUGCCCAACGAGCAGCGACCCCUGGUCUCCAAUUCGGUCCCCCGCACCAAGCCCCCGACCAGAGGGCCCCGUAACACGCCUCCAUCACGCACGCCCCCCCCUGUGACACGACAGCCACCCGGGCCGCCCCCGUCCCGUGCACCCCCAGGACCCCCGCCUUCCAGACCCCCACCCAGGCUGUGAUGAUGAUGAUGAUGAUGCACGUAGUCCACCUCUUGCAAGCCUGUGGGCUUUGUUGCUGGACAGCAAAAAAAAAAAAAAAAAAAAAAACAUACCAUAUUUAUCCUCACAUGCAAAUCAGCCACAUGCGGACUAAUCGAAAGAAAAAAGCUUGUAGAAGUGUAAGGAUCUAUGUUAGAUUCUAGAUCAGGGCUGGCGAACCUAUAUGACCUUUGCCUGAGAGGCGGGGUCACCAUUGACACCUAUGAUUUAAAAUCAAUGAAGCUAACAUGCAUGUUUUUGGAACGCGGGAUAGAACAACUGCGAGGUGCUAACCACUAGUCCACCGUGCUGCUCAAUUCUUAUAAUAUACUGUAUAAGAUUCAAGAAUAAUAUUGUGGCAUGACAAUAUGGCCUCUCAAAGCAAAAAGGUUCCCCACCCCUCUUCUGGAGUGUGUAGAAUGUUCAGUAGACUUUGCUUUGGUUUUAUUACAGGAGAUUUUUAUUUUUUAAAAUACAGCAUAGGAAUGGGCGAGUGCUGAUACCAGAUACCAGGUUUAUUUUUAGGUAGCCGGUACUCGUGAAGGCUGCCGAUACCAGCCAUCUUUACUUGCAGCACAAAAAUCUGACAAUUAAUUCACUUCACCGGUAGGUGGCGCCACACUGCGGCUGUUUGACACAUGGGGAAUCGUGUACAUCGGAAAGAAAGGAAUAUAUUUGUUCACACUAAUCUGUCAUUGUGUUAAUUUCAAUUUACGUUGGCAAAGUAAAGUGCUGUCGGUACUAGGUAUCAGUGAGUGGUGGAAUGAAUACUUGUAUCGGUCUGGAAAGGGGUAUCAGACAUACAGAAAAUAAUUGAGCAUCGUAGUGAAAAGAAUGAGAUUUUUUUUUUUUUUUUCAAUGUAGACUACCUUCUUAGUUGCUGCAAAUUAGGUCCGAGGUCCCUUUUACAUUUCACAGCGUGCUAAAAUUUUUGUUGCAACUGCAGGGCAGUUUCUACAGAUUUUAUUUAUUUUAUUAACCUUGGCUGAGUUCGACACUAGGGCGUUUCUUUUUCGGGGAGUGUCAAGGUUUUGUUUUUGUUUUUUUUUUUUUUUAUUAAUAAUUUUACAAGCAAGCUCUUCCGACUGAUCUUCAUUUGUGGUCAUUUUAAAAGUUUAGUACCAAAGAUUGUUGUACUUGUACUUUUCUCUUCACUACAUUUACUGACUGAAAUGAUCACCUGUAUUAUUUCUGCAUUAACAACUUCAAUAAACUAAUUUGUUUU